AGCUGUUUUAUGUCGCACGCACUCAACGUAGCAUAUAAUGCAAAACAUGCGUCUAAGCCUGCUAUUAGCUACUAAAACACUGCGUUAAAUGUUCCUGCUGCACAAAAAUAAAUAUUAAAAAAAUUUAAAAAACAAAAUGUCAAUGUUCUUCUUCCGCUUGCAUAAUCUCCAGCGCGCCGAGGAGAGCAAACGCAAAAAGCGCGUCGAGCGUCAGCGCCAGCAGCAGCGUCAACGCCGCGGCGCCAAGGUGUUUCGCUGCGUCAGCGAUUCCACAGGCCAUCUCACGCUGGCGCCGUCACGCCUCUUCGAGAAGACACCGAUGAGCCCGUCCGACAGUCUCGAUGAAAUCGCACUGCAAAUACCCAGAGUCCGUGUGGAAUAUUACGUAAACGAAAACACAUUCAAAGAAAGACUGCAACUUUACUUCAUUAAGAAUCAGAGAUCAAAACCUCAAUUCUUUGAGUCUGAUAGCAACUUCCGCACCCAUACAUCUUCCGAUGAUGUCUACGGGCACUAUGUGCAAGAUGGCGUGAAGUGCCAUAGUUGGAGUGGACCUUAG